CUCUUCCUCCUCCCCCUCCUCUUCCUCGCCGUCCUGCUACUAUUACUAGUAGAGCUCGAGACCGGCUCUGACUGCUGACUGGCUCGCGGACGCACUCUGGAUAAAACGGUUCCACGUCCUCAUUGAUCGUCGCCUCCCAGUUCCGGUUCCGGACGUCAACAUGGGUCGCCGGGAUCCGUCCCCGCUCCGGUCCCCCGCCCUGCGGCUGGCGGUCGUGGCCGCGGUCCUCCUCCUCGAGCUCCAUCCCUCGCUGGCCGGCGGCGCCCCCACCGAGCAGAGCCUGGCCGGCUUCGAGUCCGCGGUGUCCGCGAACAAGACCGAGUGCAGCAAGCCCGAGGCGUGCACCAAGGGGGUGGUGCUGCCCAUCUGGGAGCCCCAGAACCCCUCGUUCGGCGACAAAGUGGCCCGGGCGACGGUGUACUUCGUGGCCCUGGUCUACAUGUUCCUGGGCGUGUCGAUCGUCGCCGACCGCUUCAUGGCGUCGAUCGAGGUCAUCACGUCGCAGGAGAAGGUGAUCACCAUCAAGAAGCCCAACGGGGAGACCACCACCACCACGGUCCGCAUCUGGAACGAGACCGUCUCCAACCUCACGCUCAUGGCGCUGGGCUCGUCGGCCCCCGAGAUCCUGCUGUCGGUCAUCGAGGUCUUGGGUCACGGGUUCGAGGCCGGCACGCUGGGCCCCUCCACCAUCGUGGGCUCGGCGGCUUUCAACAUGUUUGUCAUCAUCGGGCUGUGCGUGUACGUGGUGCCGGACGGCGAGACGAGGAAGGUCAAGCACCUGCGCGUCUUCUUCGUCACGGCCACCUGGAGCAUCUUCGCCUACAUCUGGCUGUACCUGAUCCUGUCGGUGAUCUCGCCCGGCGUGGUGCAGGUGUGGGAGGGGCUGCUCACCUUCUUCUUCUUCCCCAUCUGCGUGCUGUUCGCCUGGGUGGCCGACCGCCGCCUGCUGUUCUACAAGUACGUGUACAAGCGCUACCGCACCGGCAAGCAGCGCGGCAUGAUCAUCGAGACCGAGGGGGACCGCCCACUUCCUUCCAAGGUGGACAUCGAGAUGGACGGGAAGAUGCUGAACUCUCACGGCGUGGUGUUCCUGGACGGUCCGCUGGGUCUGGAUAUCGACGAGAAGGAUCUGGACGACGAGGGCACCCGGAGGGACAUGGCCAAGAUCCUGAAGGAGCUGAAGCAGAAACACCCGGACAAGGAGGUGGAACAACUCAUCGAGCUCGCCAACUACCAAGUCCUGAGCCAGCAGCAGAAGAGCCGCGCCUUCUACCGCUGCCAGGCCACCCGGCUGAUGACCGGCGCCGGCAACAUCCUGAAGAAGCACGCCGCCGACCAGGCGCGGAAGGCCGUCAGCAUGCACGAGGUUCGCUCCGAGGUCGGCGACAACGACCCCAUCUCCAGGAUCUUCUUCGAGCCCUGCUCCUACCAGUGCCUGGAGAACUGCGGCACGGUGGCGGUGAACGUGGUGCGGCGCGGCGGCGACUUGGGCAAAGCGCUCGCCGUGGACUACCGGACGGAGGACGGCACGGCCAACGCCGGCUCGGACUACGAGUUCACGGAGGGCAUGGUGGUCUUCAAGGCCGGCGAGACGAUGAAGGAGAUCCGCGUGGCGAUCAUCGACGACGACAUCUUCGAAGAGGACGAGAACUUCCUGAUCCACCUGUCCAACGUGAAGCUGCUGACGCCCGACGGCGAGGAGCCCGAGGACGGCGAGCAGGCCGACCGCGUGGACUCGAUGGCGUGCCUCGGCUCGGCCGCCACGGCGACCGUCACCAUCUUCGACGACGACCACGCCGGCAUCUUCACGUUCGAGGAGCCCGUCUACCACGUGAGCGAGAGCGUCGGAGCCAUGGAGGUGAAGGUGCUGAGGACGUCGGGGGCGCGCGGCGUGGUCACGCUGCCCUACAAGACGGUGGAGGGGACGGCGCGCGGCAGCGGCGAGGACUUCGAGGACAUCCACGGCGUCCUGGAGUUCCAGAACGACGAGAUCUUGAAGAGCAUAACCAUUAGGAUCUUAGACCGGGAGGAGUACAAUAAGCAGUCCUCCUUCUACGUGCUGCUCCAAACCCCCCAAUGGAGGCGCAGCGGGAAGGAACGGACAGAGGAGCCGCUGAAGAAGGAGGAAGAGGAGGAGGAGCCGCUGGCGGGGAAAGAUGAAGAGGAGCAGCGCAUCGCGGCCAUGGGCCGCCCCAUGCUGGGAGACCACGUCAAGCUGGAGGUCAUCAUAGAGGAGUCCUACGAGUUCAAGAACACGGUGGACAAGCUGAUCAGGAAGACUAACCUGGCCCUGCUGGUGGGAACCAACAGCUGGAGGGGCCAGUUCAUCGAGGCCAUCACCGUGAACGCAGGCGAGGAUGACGACGAUGACGAGUGCGGCGAGGAGAAGCUGCCGUCGUGCUUCGACUACGUGAUGCACUUCCUGACCGUCUUCUGGAAGGUUCUGUUCGCCUUCGUGCCGCCAACCGACUACUGGAACGGCUGGGCCUGCUUCGUGGUGUCCAUCUGCAUGAUCGGCCUGCUCACCGCCGUCAUCGGCGACCUGGCCACCAGCUUCGGCUGCACGGUGGGCCUGAAGGACUCCGUCACGGCGGUGGUGUUCGUUGCCUUGGGAACGUCCGUCCCAGACACCUUUGCCAGUAAGGUGGCCGCGACCCAGGACCAGUAUGCCGACGCGUGCAUCGGCAAUGUGACCGGCUCCAACGCCGUCAACGUUUUCCUGGGCAUCGGGGUGGCGUGGUCCAUCGCCGCGAUCUACCACAACAGCAAGGGGCAGGAGUUCAGGGUGGAUCCGGGCACGCUGGCCUUCUCUGUCACGCUCUUCACCAUCUUCGCCUUCAUCGCCGUCGGCGUGCUGAUGUACCGGCGGCGGCCGGAGAUCGGCGGAGAGCUGGGGGGUCCGCGGACGGCGAAGAUCCUGACCUGCAUGCUGUUCUUCAGCCUGUGGCUCCUCUACAUCCUCUUCUCCUCACUGGAGGCCUACUGCCACAUCCCGGGCUUCUAAGGGGACAGGAGACGACGAAGGGAACCACGAGGAGACUCCCUCCCUUUACGCAAUAGGUCGAUUGGCGGGCGAACGGAUGUGCAGAUGAAGGAAUGGAGGACGCGGUGAAGCAUCCAAACACAGAACGGAAGGAAAGACGGAUGCAUGGAAGGACGAUGAUGAAAUUAAAAAAAGAGAUGGAAGAAGAAGAGAUGGAAAAACUAAGGAUUUUUUUGUUUUUUUGUUGAUGUCUUGAUCUAUAAAUCAAAACCAAUCAAGUUGUCUUAAACCCCCGUAAUUAGACCAAAACGCACGCACCACGGGUCUCAGCUGGUUCCACCAUUAAGAAUAGAAGAAGAAGAAGAAGAAGAUGAAGAUGAAGAUUUUCAUGGGGUGUUUUCCAGACGAUGCUGAACACACCAACGGAAGAAACCUGGAUGUACCGCCGCCACUGUUUCACGACAACAAACUGUGUGUGAGAGUGUGUGUGUGUGUGUGGUUGUGCGUUUCUACGGUCGAGUAGCCUACUGUGAAGAAAAAAACAACAAAAAGAGAAUUUCGUGAGACGGAACGCGCGUUUCUUCUCGGGAACGUUUGACUCUCGCUCGCCCGGCCUUCUAGGAACGCCGAGUCAGACUCUUUUCUUUUUGCAGGGAGUGGGCGCGUUCGAUUUGAACACCCCUGAGGUUGAGAAGAUGUAAUCCUCGAGCUCGAAUAGCUCCGCUAUUCUCCUCCUGAAUGUCUCGGUGACGCUCUCUCUCUGUCGCUUUAUUCAAUAGAUGUAAAUGAUUUAAGGUCUAAUAUGAAUGGAGGACGGGGUUGGCGUGCUUUUACCUUUAAGAAGGCCACGUCUGAGAAGGCAGAGUGGCCACGCUACCGUUUAAAACUGUUUGAGCAACUAUUAUCAUUGCAUAGAUAUAUCUAGGUUUUGUGUGUUUUGUUUCUGUUUUUCGAUUCGUAAACUACGAGAUCCACGUGUCGGUCGUAACAUUGCAAUAGACUUUUAAACCGUAGGCACCGCCCUCUGUGAACCCUCAUUGGCUGUCAUCGUCCCUGUGUGUCUUAAGCACCUCCCCCCCCCCCCCCCCUGGCUGGUCAAUGAACCAAUCAAAAAAUCCUUAAGGGCUUUGUAAGAAACAACCACUAAUCCCUUCACCCUGACCCUUGCUGUGUCAGUCUUCACAUGGAUCGGUCUUCAGGGGGCGAUUUUACAGAGAUUUGUGCUCCAACUGCUCAGAUAUUUGGACUUCUCCUCAACGAGGCUUAGAAAGGAAAACCAAGAACUCAGAAUCACCUAAAUAUUGGCAAACGUCACCCCGGUGGUCCAAAGUACCCGGUCGGACGAGUCUUGAGUCCUCAUUGGACCUCAUUGGGUUCAUUGGGUUCAUUGCAAAGACCUCCGAUAAAUUGUGGUCAAUCUCAGUCCAAAUUAAAGCAUCCAUGAUAUGUUCUUUACCCUUCUGCUUCUUAACAAUGCUACAACACGUGGAUUAUGAAGGCCGGAAGCCGAGGGAAGCAACGAAGGUCCGGCUUUAUGUUCUUUCUUUAUAUACCAGGGAAAGUGUUGGUUCUUGACCGAAGAACCAUCAUCCGAGAGCGCGUGAUUCACAGACGAGCUCACAGAGGUUUGAAUGCAACUAAACCAAAUGGGGAAAAUGAGAUUAGUAUUCCGCUAUUCGAUUGGCGGCGUGUUGUAAACCAGAAGCCGCCCCUCUGGGACCUGUAUCUUCAAGUGAGUCCAGCUUCGUCUUUCUAAAGCGGCAUUCAUACCAAAUCAAGGCGGGUUUCUCAAGGCGCAGAUGAGCUUUUUGAAAACCUUUCGGAGAAAAGACGACCCGUCGUCUCGCCCGACAGGCGAUCCAGAGUCCUCAGAUCCAGCCACGAGGGAACAAAAAUGUAAAUCCGCUCGCCGCGAAACGAUUUGGUUUGACUGCCGCCCGAAGCUCCAUCCACACCAGUGCGUCUGGGUUUUAAAUCGUAUAACGUCCAUAGAAAGUCUCCUGAUUUCCUCAUUUUGGAAGUUCAGCGCUAAGAAUAAUUAAACCGAAACCAAAUCGCUGUUUGAAUCAGGAACUAGACUUAAAGAAUAUUACCCGACAGAGAACAAAUGAUUCACAAUUCAUCGCAAAACGAUUUCUGCGUAUGUUUGGCCAGAAACAAUUCGAGAAUCCCGUCUGGAGACGAGUAGAGUACAGAUGAAAUAUCUCGACUGAGCGGUUUACACUUCAGACUGUUAACUCUUCAACGUUCACGGAUCUUUACUUUACGAGUAGGCGUCCUCAAAGUCCAUCCAUAGUUAGUUGAAUGGCACUAUAUGCAUCUGAAAUGGCCAAAAUUAUUUCCUGCUGACGUUUGUUUGUUUUUAAAAAACUUGAUUUAAAAUAUAAUACGUAGUAUUUAAAUGUCAUCUGUAGAGUAAGUAAGUCUGGGUUGGAUGUAAUCCAUUUCAAACUUGGCAAAAGUCACGUGACAGGAACAGCUUUUUACCACCCCUGAGCCGAGCCCUGGAUCGAAGGAGUUUGCCAAAUCCACAGACUUUAGAUCUCAGAUAUUCUGGAGAUGUUGUACAACAGUUAGUUCCCGAUCCACCGAGUGACGUUCCAGAGAUCCAUCGAGUGACGUUCCAGAGAUCCAUCGAGUGACGUUCCAGAAGUAGACGGUACACGGAGAUCCACCGAGUAACGUUCCAUAGAUCCAUCGAGUGACGUUCCAGAAGUAGACGGUACACGGAGAUCCACCGAGUAACGUUCCAGAGAUCCAUCGAGUGACGUUCCAGAAGUAGACGGUACACGGAGAUCCACCGAGUAACGUUCCAUAGAUCCAUCGAGUGACGUUCCAGAAGUAGACGGUACACGGAGAUCCACCGAGUGACGUUCCAGAAGGCGACGGUACACGGAGAUCCACCGAGUAACGUUCCAUAGAUCCAUCGAGUGACGUUCCAGAAGUAGACGGUACACGUAAAUCCACCGGGUGACGUUCCAGAAGGCAAAGGUACACUGAGAUCCACCCGGUGACGUUCCAGAAGUAGAGGGUACACGUAAAUCCACCGGGUGACGUUCUAGAAAGCGACGGUACACGGAGAUACAGCUACAUCCUGAGGAAUCGGCAUGCAGACUUUUAUUUGCGGCUCCAAUGUUGCUCAAUCUGUAAACAACAACAACACGUGCUUGUAUUCCUGGUGUUUGCCAAACCCUCAUUCGAGUAGCUGUUCUCCCCUGAAGGCCUUGGAGUGGCAGUUUACCCCUGUUUUGCCAAAGGGAAAUCUUUCUAUCAGCGAGUCGCCGCCCCCCGACCCGUCGAAGGGUUUCUAACCAAUGGAACUUUUUCUUAAAACACCAAAUAUAAAUCAUGUGUCAUUAACACUUUGAAAGGAGACUUUGAUGUUGUUUCAACCGGAAUCUUUCUAUUUAAAUGUGUAUGCAUUUGUCUCUUCACUGGCAUGGCGCUUAAAAGGUUUAUACACUGUAAAAAAAUAAAUAAAUAAAAAAUAGUUAUGCUAAGCUUGCGCAAUAAAAAUAAUAAAAAAUAAUCAUAAAAAAAUAAAAAUAAAAAUAGAUCAUAAAUAACACGGUGGAAGCUGCUGCUUCACGAUCCGAGGCCGUUGAAUUUUACUCGCGAUGUGACUGCGGCGGACUCAUUUUCUUAUCUCGGCAAAUGAAACGUUCGCGUUAGCCGUUGCCGUCCGGUUAGUUUGCCGCACAAGUUUUUUCCAGACGCCAAACACGAGUUUAUUUCCUCGACGGGGAGUUCGGUUCUGUUUUGCUACAAAGUAUCGAGCCUUGACUUUUAAAAAGCUCGUCCGAUUGGCAGGUUAGCGGCGGCUGUUCGGAGCCCCGAGAUGAGAGACCGGGGUCUUCAGAGGCGGCUCCCCCCCCUCAACCAACCCCCCCCCCCCCCCCCCCACACACACACUUGAGGCGUCGCUUCCUGACUCUAGAUGUCCGAAGGGUCAAAGGUCAGUAAGGCCGCUUCUGUUAAAAAAAAUAGAAAAAAAAUAGAAAAACAAGCCGUAGACUGCAGACUUUUACAUUUUAUUUUCUUCUUCUGUGGUGGGGGUUUAAAGAAGAGGGCGGGGCUUUAAAUGAAGGAAACGUGUUGCACUGGUUCUUGUCGCUUGUGUGAAACGGCUGUUGUUUCGUCGAAAGAAAAAAAGAGGGGAAGAAAACGCUGACAAAAGUUGCUUCUGUUGGAAAAACCACAACGAUUUUUUAAAAUCUUUUUUUUGUUAAUUGAUGUAAACAAUAAUAAUGUUGAACCUGAUGUUAAAAAGGGAAACUCUUCGGCGGUGAACCGUCCUAUCGAUGUUGCUUGUAAAGAUUAAAGACGAGUCUUCAA